AUGAAACUAGUCAGGUUUUUGAUGAAACUGAGCCAUGAGACGGUUACCAUCGAGUUGAAAAACGGUACCCAAGUCCACGGCACUAUUACAGGUGUUGACGUGAGCAUGAACACGCACCUGAAAGCAGUGAAAAUGACUUUGAAGAACCGCGAACCGGCGCAACUGGAGUCGCUGAGCAUCCGCGGCAACAACAUCCGCUACUUCAUCCUGCCCGACAGCCUGCCGCUCGACACGCUGCUCGUCGACAUCGAGCCAAAAAUCAAGUCCAAGAAGAGGGAAGCCGUGGUCGGACGAGGUCGGGGCAGAGGGCGUGGACGUGGCAGAGGACGGGGACGAGGCCGCGGGGGUCCUAGGAGAUGA